UGUGGGUGACGUGGCGGCUCCUACUCUUUGGUCCGGUUUCGGCGCCGUACAAGUCCGGCGAGGAGGCUCCGACGGCCUGGGGAGAGUGGCAGUGGCUGCGGCGGUAGGCAUCAGAGGAGUCCGAGGUUAUGCGACUCGAUGAUCCCGCGGAAACGCUACGGAUCUAAGAACACGGAUCAGGGUGUCUACCUGGGUCUCUCAAAGACGCAGGUUCUGUCCCCUGCAACUGCUAUCAGUAGCAGCAGCGACAUCGCUCCUUUGCCCACCCCGGUGGCCCAGGUCCCCUCUCCUCCCGACACCAUGUCCUGCCGGGAUCGGACCCAGGAGUUCCUGUCUGCCUGCAAGUCGCUGCAGAGCCGUCAGAAUGGAAUCCAAACAAAUAAACCAGCCCUACGUGCUGCCCGACAACGCAGUGAAUUUACCCUCAUGGCCAAGCGCAUUGGGAAAGAUCUCAGCAAUACCUUUGCCAAGCUGGAGAAGCUAACAAUCUUGGCAAAGCGCAAGUCCCUCUUUGAUGAUAAAGCAGUAGAAAUUGAGGAGCUAACGUACAUCAUCAAACAGGACAUCAAUAGCCUCAACAAACAAAUUGCUCAGCUUCAAGAUUUUGUGAGGGCCAAGGGCAGCCAGAGUGGCCGGCAUCUGCAGACCCAUUCUAAUACCAUUGUAGUUUCGUUGCAGUCAAAAUUGGCUUCCAUGUCCAAUGACUUCAAGUCAGUUUUAGAAGUGAGGACUGAGAAUCUGAAACAGCAGAGGAACCGUCGGGAACAGUUCUCCAGGGCACCAGUGUCGGCCUUGCCCCUUGCCCCCAACCACCUUGGGGGUGGUCCCAUAGUUUUGGGAACAGAGUCCCGAGCUUCCAGGGAUGUGGCCAUCGACAUGAUAGACUCUAGAACAAGCCAGCAACUUCAGCUCAUUGACGAGCAGGAUUCCUACAUCCAGAGUCGGGCAGACACCAUGCAGAACAUUGAGUCUACAAUCGUUGAGCUGGGCUCCAUUUUUCAGCAAUUGGCACACAUGGUUAAAGAACAGGAGGAAACGAUUCAGAGGAUCGACGAGAAUGUGCUUGGAGCCCAGCUGGAUGUUGAGGCUGCCCAUUCAGAGAUCCUCAAGUACUUCCAGUCAGUCACCUCCAAUCGAUGGCUCAUGGUCAAAAUCUUCCUCAUCCUCAUUGUCUUCUUCAUCAUCUUUGUUGUCUUCCUUGCCUGAACCCACCUCCCUCACUUUGAGGCACUCCAUGGAGGGUUUAGGACCCUCUUGGUAGGUCAGGUGGCCACUGUUGCCAUGGAACCUGUGCAGGGUGUUUGGGAGAAAGGCCAUAUCCUUGGAACUGCUAAGAAUGGCCAGUGUCCCUGAUAUUCCCCACCCUUGUCUCUGGCCACUCUGUCCUACCUUCAGGCCCAUGAAACACACUGGUUCUGGAUUUGGACUCUGCUAUGAAGUAGCUUGGAGCAGAAGCCAGCUAGGGGCCAGUUGUCUCCACCAUGAGAUUUUUAUAAACCCUUCCCAGCCUCCCCCAAAGGUAAACUGGCAACAAGAGGAGAUAAGCCCCUCCUUGCCUUCUUGAGAGUGAGGCAAGGAAGUAAAACUAUCCCAGGGACCAACUUUACCAUCUGGGUUAGUUAGAACUUGACUGCCUUCCCCACUUCACCAUGUGAGGUGAGGGGGCUCUGAGCCCUACAGUUGCCUGCACAAACCUGACUUUGGCUACUGGUGACUUUCAAUCUGCCAAAUGUGCUGCAGCCUGUUUCCUCCCAAUUACAGCAAGACUGUCAGCUUCA